AUGACCAAAUUAUAUUUUGCUCAUCUCAAAAAGGGGGAUUCAUCGUCUGGUGCUGACGAUCAUGUAUAUGAUGACGGAGAGGACAAUUCCAUAGAAGAAACAACAAAUCGCUCACUUAAUGAGGUAAGUACUAGUCAGUCUGAAGAGUCACACCCUAUUACUAAAAAUAGUUCACAAUCAGUUCCCCUACCCACGAAUACGAAAUCCUCAGGUACACAAGUAAAGAGACCAUGCAGCAGCUUUACUAAUGUGACAAAUAAAAAAGUGCUUCAACUGGUGGCUGAUCCAUUGACGAAGAACGAUAAUACGAAAGAUGAUAUGUGCACUGCAUUUGGUAAUCAUAUUGCAGCAGAAUUAAGUAAUAUGGCACCCGAAAUGCUACCUUACGUUAAAAAAAUUAUUAAAGAUGCCAUAUUUGAAGGCCAAAUGCGUUCCCUUAAUAAAACAGCUAUAAUAACUCAGCCGUUGUCAUAG